UCGAAUACGAUGACCAAUGUAAUCCUGCUUUUCCAAUCACAGAUCUUCCGGGGCAGUACGCACGGCACUCCGAUCCUGGAUCCGAGCUGGUCAUUGAUACACACGGCGGCGAUAUUUCCUUUCGGCGAAGCCGUUAUUCCCGAGGCCAUGGUCAAGCACAUCUUGAAUGAAGCCGACAUCGUAGGGAUCAGCACGGCCAACAGCACGGACGAGCCCAACUUGCUGAUGAACAGGGUGUAUAACACCGCUCCCUUCCGGUUUGCGUCGCCGCCCAACCCGAUCAUGCCGCCCGGCCCGAACACACGAGGCAUGCUGGACACCCUGGGCGAAUUCCCGCACUGGAAGAACGUGCUCAACAGGUCGAGGCUCUGCUUCUCGGUCACCACCUCGAUCAACUACGCGUACACCAGCGUCGACGGGAUCGACUUCAUUCACGAAGUCCGCUCCGACGAAGACGUGCAACGCUACAGCCGGAGGCGGUUUGUCGCCCCCGUCGGCAACAAGUUGCCGGUGGAGAAGAAGAACAUGGUCUACCACUACGACAACGUCACGCAUACGCAUUACUGGCGCCACCCGCCACCCGGCCAGAAACUUCUCAGCUUCUUCGCGUACGACAUGGCCGAGACACUCAAAUACAAGGUCGAGCAGAUGCUGAAGGCGUACCCCGACGACCGCUGCGUCGUCUUCGACGACUUGGGCGAAGACGGCCUGGGCGCCAACUUCACUGUGAGGGGCGAAACGUACCAAUGGAAGCCGUACGCCAUGUUCCAGGCCGUCGUGGAUGUCCUGAAUAGCACCACCAUAUAGGACCCCG